AUGGGAGCCAAGUUAGAUUCAAAAGUGAUGCACAAGCCUGGACCGUUCACUUUAAGGAUACACGGUCAGAAUGCCCACAAGAUAGGAUCAUUGGUACCACAAGCUGGAAAACCACCAAAGUUCAGCCAACUCUACAUCUUUGAUACAGCAAAUGAGGUUAAGAAUAGGAUCGCUACAGUCAAAAGAACAACAAAAGCAGGAGAACUUGAUCCUGACAUUGUUAAACAGCUGAUUGAAACAAUGGAUGCGAACAAUUGUUUGGCCAAAGUUUUCAGAAAGGCUAGAGAUGCUCACGAACACAGCAGCUGCCCAGAGUUCAGAAUAAGAUUGAUAGGUCAACCAAAACGAGGCCGUCAAUAUGAUAUGCCUACAACUGAUGAGAUAGCUGGUUUAAUUGUUGGAGACUUUUCAGAGCAUAUGGGCGAUAGGGAUAUCAUUGUUCACCAUAAAUCAGCUGGCCUCCAACAUAUAAGUGAUAUGCAUCCACUCUACAUGACACUGCAGUACCCUCUUUUGUUUCCUUAUGGCCAAUCAGGGUUUAACGAGAACAUCCAAGUUGUCAACAUUGAUGGAUCCACUCGGCAAAGGUCUUACAUCACGAAGAGAGAGUACUUCGCUUACCAGCUUCAAACUCGCUUGGAAGAGGGCAUGACAAUUGUCACCUCAAAGCGUCUACUCCAUCAAUAUAUAGUUGACGCCUACACCUCCAUUGAGCAAGAAAGGUUGCGCUGGUUCAGACUAAAUCAAAAAAAAAUAAGAGCAGACCUUUACAACAAUGUCAAGGAUGCAGUCAUUAAAGGAGACACGGAUGCCAAGUCUAUAGGGAAAAGAGUUAUAUUACCUGCUUCUUACACAGGAAGUCCGCGUUACAUGGCUGAGAAAUACCACGAUGCAAUGGCUAUAUGCCGGUGGUAUGGUAAUCCUCAUUUAUUUAUUACAAUGACCACCAAUCCAAAGUGGGCUGAAAUCUCCAACCAUCUACAAAUGUAUGGGACCGACGAACCAAAUGAUCGUCCAGACCUUGAAUGUAGAGUGUUUAAAAUGAAGCUGGAUGAGCUGAUGUCUGAUUUCAAGAAAGGGUUAUUCUUUCCUCGCCCAAAAGCAGAGGUCUACACCAUCGAAUUUCAAAAGCGAGGCUUGCCACAUGCUCAUAUACUACUCUGGCUAGAAGGUGAUUUUAAUAAUCCCACCACUUCUGAUAUAGAUAAGAUAAUCUCAGCGGAAUUGCCAGAUAAAGAAACAGAUCCGGAAGCUUACUGUUUGGUGGAGCAACACAUGAUGCAUGGUCCAUGUGGGAAAGAUAGACCAAGUUCUCCUUGCAUGGAAGAUGGUGUGUGUACCAAGAAAUUUCCUCGGAGCUACGUUCCUCACACUCAAAUCAAUGACUCUGGUUACGUUCUGUACCGGCGGAGGCAAACUGAUCAAGUGGUCAAAAAAGGUAACGUAACCCUCGACAAUUCUUACGUUGUUCCCCACAAUCUUCAAAUCCUGAAGAAAUACAAGGCGCAUGUUAAUGUCGAAUGGUGCAAUAAGUCAACGGCGAUUAAAUACCUAUUCAAGUAUAUUACUAAAGGCGUGGACAGAGCAGCGUUUGUGUUUCAAAAAGAUGGAGAUCAGAUUCCUAGCGACCAAGCAAGCACCUCACAAAAACCAAUAAACGAAAUAGACAAUUACUUGGAAGGUCGGUACCUGUCUGCUUGUGAAUCUAUGUGGAGAACUUUUAAGUUUGAUAUUCAUCAUAACAGCCCGGCAGUUCAGAAGUUUCCUGUCCAUUUACCUAAUGAACAAACAGCAGUUUAUGACGAGGAUGAGGACCUAGAAGACGUGGAACGCAGAUAUACACAUGGGAGAACAAUGCUUACAGAAUGGUUUGAGAUGAACAGACUGUACGAAGAGGCCAGACAGUUGAACUACAUCCAAAUGCUGACCAUGUUUGUCUGGGAUAACUCAAACAAGCUUUACUCUAAACGGAAGCAAAAAGGAACAAUUGGCAGACUUGUGAAUAUCCAUCCUAAUGCUGGUGAUCGAUAUUACCUUAGGAUCUUGGUGAGCAUCGUAAAAGGACCUACAGGCUACGAUGAUUUAUACACUGUUGGUGACACAAAACAUGAAUCAUUCCAAGCUGCCUGCUUAGCCAGGGGAUUGCUCGAUGGAGACAAAGAAUGGCAGGAUGCAAUGACUGAAGCAAAUCAAUGGUCUUCACCUAGCUGUCUUCGCCGGCUCUUUGUAUUGAUUCUGGUUUUCUGUUGCAUCUCAGACCCACAAAAGCUUUGGAUCAACACAUGGCAGUAUAUGUCCGAAGAUGUUUUACGCCACCAGCGAAGGAUCCUCCGAUUCCCACAGCUUGAACUCGGUCCACAUGAACUCCAGCAGUAUACUCUAAUUGAAAUAGAGUCUCUCCUACAAAACCAUGAAACAUCACUUACUGAGUUCAAGGGAAUGCCUCUUCCGAGCCAAACAAUACUAGACGAUAUGAAGAAAAAAAAGAUGGCUCAAGAAUACCAGUUUGACAUAGCAGAAGAAACAAGGAUCCAUCAACUUAUGUUCUUAAAACUCAACGAAGAACAGAGGAUUAUAUAUGAUGAGGUUAUGACAUCAGUUUUGGAAAAGCAGGGGAAAUUAUUUUUCAUUUACGGAGCAGGAGGUACAGGGAAAACGUUCCUAUACAAAACCAUCAUCUCUGCUUUGCGAUCAAGAAGUAAAAAAGUUAUACCUGUUGCUUCAUCUGCUAUAGCUGCUCUCCUCCUACCUGGAGGUCGCACUGCCCAUUCAAGGUUUAAGAUUCCUUUGAAGCUAUAUGAAGAUUCUUUCUGUGAAGUUAUAACCGGCACAAUCCUCUCCAACUUCUUAAGCCAGGCGGAUCUCAUUGUUUGGGAUGAGGCUCCAAUGGCACAUCGCCAUGCUAUUGAAGCCGUUGAUCGCACGCUACGAGAUAUCUUGUCUCUCUCAGAUAAAGAGGCUUCACAGAAGCCUUUUGGAGGAAUAACUGUCUUGCUAGGCGGUGAUUUCAGACAAAUUCUUCCAGUCAUCCCACAGGGAACACGCCAAGAAACAGUCAACGCAGCGGUAAACCGUUCUCACCUCUGGCACCACUGUCAUAUUCACGUCCUAUCCAGAAAUAUGCGUGUUGAAUCAGAGGAAAAAGAUUUCGCUCAAUGGAUUUUACAAGUUGGCAACGGAAAUGCACCUCUGAUGGCUCAAAAAAAUAUAAACCAAGAUGCUGCGGAAGAUCAGAUUGUCAUCAACGAGACACUUCUCCUCCCCGUUACUUCGAACCCUCUUGAUAUCUUAUGUCAAUCUGUUUUCACAGAUUUCAUAAAUGACUACAAGAACUGGGAUAAAAUCAGGGAUACUGCUAUACUAACUCCAAAGAAUGAUACAGUCGAUGAGAUCAACACUUACUUGCUAUCAAAAAUUCCAGGGAGAGAGAAAGAGUACUUAAGCAGCGACAGACUGCCAGCACACAGAAUCUGCCUCAAAGUUGGUGUUCCGAUCAUGCUCCUGCGCAAUAUAAACCAAGCAGAGGGGUUGUGCAACGGCACAAGACUUAUAGUGACGAACCUGGGAGAAAGAGUUAUAAAAGCAGAAGUGCUAACCUCUUCAUCGUCGACGCAAACAGAAGUACUGAUUCCUAGGAUCAUACUAUCACCAACAGAGUCCAGCCAUCCUUUCACCCUCAAAAGACGCCAGUUUCCGGUUCGAGUAUCGUACGCAAUGACGAUAAACAAGAGUCAAGGGCAAACACUGGCGAAUGUUGCUCUAUACUUGCCAAAACCAGUUUUCAGCCACGGUCAGCUAUAUGUUGCGCUAUCAAGGGUGACCACACCGAAAGGACUAAAGAUCUUGAACAUUACCAGCCCCGGGAGCUUGCGGAACACGAUCGCAAAUAUCGUAUAUAGAGAAGCAUUCAACGGUUUGCCAGACACAUCAGGAUAUGACAAAGACACAGAGAUGCAGGGAGAAUUCCUUACCCCUCUCAUUAUGAACCAGCAAGGUUAG